GAGGACAUCAAGCUUUGGUGUAUGUUUUGGCCAGUUCUGACCUCUUCUUGAAGGAGCCCUGCAUUGAGGAAGAUCAAAGCAAGACUGUUUUCAAAUUAGAGAAUGGACCGUUUGGGUUCCUUCAGCAAUGAUCCCUCUGAUAAACCACCUUGCCGAGGCUGCUCCUCCUACCUCAUGGAGCCUUAUAUCAAGUGUGCUGAAUGUGGGCCACCCCCUUUUUUCCUCUGCUUACAGUGUUUCACGCGAGGAUUUGAGUACAAGAAACAUCAAAGUGAUCAUACUUAUGAAAUAAUGACCUCAGAUUUUCCUGUUCUUGACCCCAGCUGGACUGCUCAAGAAGAAAUGGCCCUUUUAGAAGCUGUGAUGGACUGUGGCUUUGGAAAUUGGCAGGAUGUAGCCAAUCAGAUGUGCACCAAGACCAAGGAAGAGUGUGAGAAGCAUUAUAUGAAGCAUUUCAUCAAUAACCCUCUGUUUGCAUCCACCCUUCUGAACCUGAAGCAAGCAGAGGAGGCAAAAACUGCUGACACAGCCAUUCCAUUUCAGUCUACAGAUGACCCUCCCCGACCUACCUUUGACUCCUUGCUCUCUCGGGAUAUGGCAGGGUACAUGCCAGCUCGAGCAGAUUUCAUCGAGGAGUUUGACAAUUACGCAGAAUGGGACUUGAGAGACAUCGAUUUUGUUGAAGAUGACUCGGACAUUUUACAUGCUCUGAAGAUGGCUGUAGUAGAUAUCUAUCAUUCCAGGUUAAAAGAGAGACAAAGACGAAAAAAAAUUAUAAGAGACCAUGGAUUAAUCAACCUUAGAAAGUUCCAGUUGAUGGAACGGCGGUAUCCCAAGGAAGUCCAAGACCUUUAUGAAACAAUGAGGCGAUUUGCAAGGAUAGUGGGGCCAGUGGAGCAUGACAAGUUCAUUGAAAGCCAUGCACUGGAAUUUGAACUCCGAAGGGAAAUCAAGAGGCUCCAGGAAUACAGAACAGCAGGCAUUACCAAUUUUUGUAGCGCCAGAACCUAUGACCACCUCAAGAAGACCCGAGAGGAGGAGCGCCUUAAACGCACCAUGCUCUCCGAGGUUCUCCAGUACAUCCAGGACAGUAGCGCUUGCCAGCAGUGGCUCCGCCGGCAAGCUGACAUUGAUUCUGGCCUGAGCCCUUCUAUUCCGAUGGCUUCGAAUUCAGGUAGACGAAGUGCACCACCCUUGAACCUCACUGGCCUCCCUGGCACAGAGAAGCUGAAUGAAAAAGAAAAGGAGCUCUGUCAGAUGGUGAGGUUGGUCCCAGGAGCCUAUUUAGAAUACAAAUCUGCUCUAUUGAACGAAUGUAACAAGCAAGGAGGCUUGAGACUGGCACAGGCAAGAGCACUCAUCAAGAUAGAUGUCAACAAAACGCGGAAAAUCUAUGAUUUCCUCAUCCGAGAAGGAUACAUCACUAAAGCCUGAGGCUCUGAGGGCUUGGGAUCAGAAGUCAAAAGUUUGGAGUGUGUGUGCCAAAGGACAGUAUGGGCAUUCUGGAGAGUUUCAUUUCUGAGCUAAAUUCUCAUUGUAAAAAGAGGGGAAGGACAAAGGAAACCUUCAGUUGUAUUAAUACCUACUUUCUUCUCUGCCCUGCUUUAAAACACUCCUGUUGUUGGUGUUGUGCUUCAGAGUUAUGUGCUAGAUAAGCUAUUAUUAAAUGUGAGUGGGCAUUUAUUCCUAACACCUCUUGUAGCUAAAACAAGAACCAUAGUACCUCACAUCAGAGUGUUGGUAGAAAUAGAAAUGAACCAGUCUUUAGUCCCAGGAGUCCAGCUCAGAUCUUUGUACUUGGGAGGUUGGUUUUCUGAUUAUCUGUUUCACCUUCAAACAUUACAGAAAGAUUUAAAAUAUAGAGAAAGGUUAUGGAGCAUGAGAUAGCUUUUCUUUUCUGAGGAUUUUUAAGCUGACAACUUCUGUUUAUGAGCAAAGUGGAGGAAAAUCUCCCUGUGAUGGUCUUGUCCCAAACUACAUCUUUCCCUUUAAUGUCUGGCUUUGUACAUUGCAGUCUGACUGUCUAAUCUGCAGUAGACUUUUGAGGAGGUGGCACUGGAUAUUAAAAUGUCUCUGUUAUUUUUAGAAUUAAUGGAUUAAAAUGUUUUGCUGCUUAAUUUGUGGGUGUGUCAAAUAUUCUGGUAACUAAAGCACACUUAGGGUGUUGAAUGCCCGCCUCAUCACGCUGCACUGUCUCUGCUAACAUGUGUGUCCUGAAGUCACCCUGGUCUUACCAUGGGUUUCCCAGAAUACCAGGCCCCUGAGGAUGGAGAUGACACAACUAACCUUGGCUUUGCUUGGAUUGAGAUUUGAACCCUAAUUUCUCAAUGGCAACAGGCUAGCCUGCAAUAAAAGCUACUUUUAAAACAAAAGUAAAGCAGUUUCAUAUAUGGGACUCAAUAGAUAUGAGGGUGAGUAACCCCACUACAUCUGAAACUUGAUCUUCAAACCUUUCUACAAAAUAAGAAGCCAAAUGCAGAGGCAUGGUUAUUCCAUUUCUGUUAGAAGCCAAGUUGUAUGUAGAAAGAAUUUCAGAAUCUGCACAAAUAGCCUUCAGUAGCUGACUGAUUCUUUAAUUCUUUUCAGCAUUCGACAUGUCUAAUUACAAUAUAUGCUUUGGUGGAAGUAUUUGCUCAAACUUUUUGAUUGAUGUAAAUAUGCAUGCAACUUGCUAAUAGACGUAUCUAGAGGGUUAUAAAUGAAAAGGAAAUGCUUAGGAUCAGAGGGACCUGGAAUAAAAGACUUCAGUCUUGAAAAAGG